CUUCACCGCCCUCGCCCGCCCGUCUGCACUCCUCUCGCACCUCCAUCCCGCCAUUCUUCAUGGAUCCUCCGCAGUCGGCUGCUCCCACAACCUCGCCAUCGGUCGCCUUUUGCGCGAUCUCGAUCGAGGACACCGCGCUGCGGCUGGGCACCUCUCUCGCGCGCGGGCUCGAGUCCUUGCAAGACGCGGCGUAUCGUCGCUCCGUCCACGGGCCCAACGAGCUCAGCGACGACACAAAGGAUUCGCUUCUGAAGCGCUUCGCGCAGCAGUUUUAUGAGAAUCCUCUUAUCCUCCUGCUGCUGGGCUCCGCGGGUCUCUCGUUCUUUAUGGGAAAUCUCGACGACGCUAUCUCGAUUACGAUCGCCAUCUUAAUCGUCGUCACCGUCGGCUUUGUGCAAGAGUACCGCUCGGAAAAGUCCCUCGAAGCCCUCACCCGCCUUGUCCCCCACCACGCCAACCUUGUUCGCGGCGACGCAGUGCUCCAGGUGCCCGCUGCCUCGCUCGUCCCCGGCGACCUCGUCUCCUUCUCCGUCGGCGACCGAAUCCCCGCCGACGUGCGCAUCACCACGGCCGUGCACCUUCAGAUUGACGAGUCCUCGCUCACGGGCGAAAACAGACCCGUAACAAAGACCGCCGAACCCGUCGACGACUCGCGGUGGCCCGCACCCUCGGUCAUCCCGGUCAACGAACGUCACUCGUGCGCGUUCAUGGGCACGCUCGUGCGUGAUGGUCGUGGGUCUGGCGUCGUUAUUGGCACCGGCAAGGCCACUGAGUUUGGAAAUGUCUUUACCAUGAUGGCCUCGAUUGCGAAACCCAAGACGCCGCUGCAGCAAUCGAUGGACAAGCUCGGCAAGGAUCUCUCGUAUCUCUCGUUUGGUGUCAUUGGCUGUAUCUGCCUUAUUGGUGUCUUCCAGGGUCGCUCGUGGCUCGAGAUGUUCACUAUCGGCGUCUCGCUCGCUGUCGCGGCUAUCCCUGAAGGUCUCCCCAUCAUCGUCACCGUCACGCUUGCGCUUGGAGUCUUGAGAAUGGCUAAGCGGAGGGCAAUCAUGCGCCGUCUGCCCUCGGUCGAGACCCUUGGCUGCGUCAACGUGAUCUGCUCUGAUAAAACCGGCACGUUGACCAUGAACCACCUGACCGUCACUGAAAUAUGGACAGUCGACAUGAACGAGCCGCUGGUUGUCUCUGAAGGAUCGUCGGCCGAGGCCAACCUCGCGAUGAAGAACUCGCUGAUCAUUGGCUCGAACUGCAACAACUCGGUCUACGUCCAGCAAGACCACAAACUGCACGGACCGCCUACCGACAUUGCGCUCACCGAAGUCAUCGACAAGUUUGGCAUGGAAGACCCGCGCCCGACGCGGGAGCGCAUCCACGAGACGCCGUUUUCUUCAGCGCGCAAGUGGAUGGGUGUCUCGAGCAAGGCCGUCGGCGCCACCGGCGGCUCGGGCGCGAUCCACGUCAAGGGCGGAUACGACGUCGUCAUCAACUUUUGCGACACAAUCAUGAACGCGCAGGGAAAAACCGUGCCGCUCGAUGCCGGGAUGCGGAAAAAGGUUAUGGACGCGGCCGAGAAGCUUGCGCGUCGGGGUCUGCGCGUGCUCGCGUUCGCGCUCGGAUCGGGCGACUCGACUGAGAACCCUGCCAACCUGGCGCUCUGCGGCUUGAUGGGAAUGUACGAUCCUCCGCGACCAAACGUGUCAAAGUCGAUCUGGCGGCUGGCGCAGGGUGGCGUCCGAGUGAUUAUGAUCACCGGAGACAGCGAGGUCACGGCUGCCAGUAUCGCAACCUCGAUCGGGAUCCCGCUGUAUGGAGCUUCUGCGAACGAUCGGGCAAUCAUGCGGGGCGAGAAGAUUGAACACAUGACGGAGACUGAGCUGCAGGACGAGAUGUCGACGGUGACGGUAUUUGCGCGUACCUCGCCUGAGCACAAGAUGAAGAUCAUUCGCGCGUUGCAGGCCAAGGGCGAUGUUGUUGCCAUGACCGGCGACGGUGUGAACGACGCGCCCGCGCUCAAGAUGGCUGAUAUUGGAAUCAGUAUGGGACUCAUGGGUACCGAUGUCGCGAACGAGGCCGCGGACAUGAUUCUCACCGACGAUGAUUUCUCAACUAUCCUGGCGGCGAUCGAAGAAGGCAAGGCGAUUUUCUCAAACAUUCAAAACUUUUUGACGUUCCAGCUGUCGACCUCGAUUGCUGCGCUGUCGCUUGUUGCAGUCGCAACCACGAUCGGCCUGCCUAAUCCUCUGAACGCGAUGCAGAUUCUGUGGAUCAACAUCCUCAUGGACGGACCUCCCGCCCAGUCUCUCGGCGUCGAGCCCGUCGAUCCUGAAAUCAUGUCGCGUCCCCCUCGCCGACGUGACGACAAGAUCCUGACCGCGAAGCUGUUCAAGCGCACAGUGAUGUCUGCCGCCGUCAUCUUCCUCGGCACAAUGUUUGUCUACAUCCUCGAGAUGACCGACGGCAAGGUAACCAAGCGCGACACGACAAUGACCUUCACCUGCUUCGUCCUCUUCGACAUGUUCAACGCGCUCGGCUGCCGCUCAGAGUCCAAGAGCAUUUUCGAGCUCGGAGUAGCAUCGAACCGGAUCUUCAACCUCGCCGUCGGCGGCUCGCUGCUCGGACAGCUUGCUGUCAUCUACCUCCCGUUCUUGCAGCGCGUGUUCCAGACCGAGGCGCUGAGCUUGAAGGAUCUGUUGAUGCUUACCGUUAUCGCGAGCACGGUGUUGAUCGUCGACGAGGCGCGCAAGUAUUUGCGGAAAUCAAAGUUUUUGAGCGGGUAUAGUUUGAAUGUGUAAAUACGACCGACCGGAGGCUUGCUUAGAUCUGCCCGCUCACAACCUCACCAUUCAAUCAUCUACUUUUCACAGUUGCCUGAGAUUUGUCAUGUCAUGUCAUGCAUGAGCGCAAUGAAUCAGAUAUCAAAGUCAUCAUCAACAGACCAAAAAAAGAAAACAAACCAAGAUCCUUCCUAGCGCUCCGC